GCUCUCGCCGCAUGCCGUCUAUACUGUUGAAGCGGCACUCGUGCGUAGAUAUAAAUAGCAAUACACACAGCGCGCGUGUACGUUAUCGAGUUUCCAUGGCUGUUCGGGGGUAGCGAAAUAUCGGAGGUCCAAUGAAUUGUAUCCAUGAGAAGAAAUAAUAAGGUCAUAAACGGAUCUGAUGGAUAAAGCUGACGGAAAUUCUUCAGGGGACGGAAAUGGUCAACAUAACCAUGGACUGGACACAUCUGGGGAAGUCACAGACCAAAGUUGUAAUGGACAGGUAUAUGUUCAUGCUUCUGAUGAGACUAAUCAACCGAACGUCUUUGUUGGAACAGGUUGUAAUCAAGCAAGGCAGGUCGGAUAUGACGUAGACACCACGGCACCACCUGGUUCAUCUCACGGAAGUGAUGACGUAGACAGUUUACAACCACAAUCUGGACGUGAUCUAGUAAAUGGGGCAGUUCAUAGGGGAACUGAAUCCGGCAACGAAGCUGACAUUUCGGACUCUGGAAAUUUCGUUAUUAGUAAUAUCACACCGGAGGACGGCCCCGUAGAGGAACGCGUAUCCUACAUUCCGAACAGUACUUCUAGUCCUGUAGAUGUUGAUGCAGUAGUAAUACCACGGACGGCUCCAUUACGCAACCUCAAUAGCGUAGAUACUAUCCUGACUGCAGCUGAAAGUAUUUACCAAGAAGAACAAAGGCGCUUAACUCAGCUUGAGCAACUGUCAGAAAAUCAGAUCGGUCAAGCAAAAGAUUCGAUCAUGGAAGUCGAGAGAACUGAACAGUCAACAGAAGAAAUUGAUAGUACUGAAUUGAUAACAGCGGAAGUCGGUAGCACUGAACCGGCAUCAUCGGAAGUUGGCAGUACUAAACUGGCAUCAUCGGAAGUUGGCAGUACUAAACCUGCAUCGUCGGAAGUUGGCAGUACUGAACAGAUAUCAGAGGAAGAUGGCAGUACUGAACAGGACGCAAAAGAAGCAGGCAAUACAAAACAGAAAUCAGAGGAAGUCAACAGUUAUAAACAGCCAUUAGAGGAUGUCAACGGUACUGAACUGACAUCAGAGGAUGUAAGCGGUACUGAACAGCCAUCAGACGAUGUCGGUGGUACUGAACAGCCAUCAGAGGAUAUCAGCGGUACUGAACAGACAUCAAAGGAUGUCAGCGGUACUGAACGGACAUCAGAGGAUGUCAACAAUACUGAACAGACAUCUGCAGAAGAAAUAGUAAACUUUCGAAAAGUAGUCCAAGAAUUCCUUGACGGAAUCAAAGAUCAGAUGUCAACUGAAGAACAAGAGGGACCGGACACUACCGAGUCGUUAGCAGCUUUCGUACUAGAGAAUAUUGCUUCUAAAAACAUUAGAACAAUCAGGUAUGCCUUAAGAGAUUUACCUAAAGCCGAUCGCAAAGCUGUGGUAGAUUAUGAAAUAGAUGGGAAAGCUGCUUUGUUUGUCGCGUGCGAGAAGGGAACGGAGGAAAUGGUGAAGUAUUUUGUGGUCGAAUGUGGUGCCGAUACCAACAAGAAGGGAAAGUACGACUGUGGGGAAAAGGACAUGUUGGUCGCACCAUUAUGGCUUGCAACAAUUGAAGAGAAACCUGAAGUUGUUAAGAUUCUUGCUGAAAAUGGUGCUGAUGUCAAUGCUGUUUGUGAAACUGGUUCGACAGCAGUUCAUGCAGCCUGCUACAUGAAUAACAUAGAGUUGGUGAAAACGCUGUGCAAUAACGGAAGUGACGUCAAUAUUCCAGAUACACUAGGAAGCACCUGUCUAAAGGACUCCGUAGAUAACCUAGAAAUAUGCAAAAUCUUAGUAACCCAUGGCGCAGACCUCAACUACCGAAAAGAAAAUCAGUAUUCAAUUCUGCAUCACGCUAUAAAAGCACAUAACAUGGAAACAGUAGAACUACUGGUGCGCAACGGUGCUGGUAUUAUGAUAAAAGACUUUGAAGGGAACGAUUGUCUGAGAUACGCUGUUCUUGUGUACGCCCCUGAUAUCGUGGAGUUGUUGAUGGACAGUAUCCACGCCAACGCUCCAAAGUCGGCCGACAUUUAUGACUUGAUGGGGGCCAUGGCUGUCGGCAAGGGCGAUUAUAAAGAAGGGUACGAGUUCUGGCUACGGGCAAUGUAUAUCCGGACCGAGUUACAUGGUGGCGAGACCUCACUGCGGGAAAUUCCAGAGAUAUUUGGGAAGGACGUCGAUGUACCUAAUUCCAUUUCUGACCUAAUCUCAUUGGCCAAGAAUUGUGACGCUAUGGAUGCUCUCUCUCUCGCUAUUACGUCACACCAGCUUGGUCCGACCCAUUGGGACACGAUUCAAAGAAUUCUUCUACAGUCAACGUCACUCCUGCAUAACGAUGACCUUGUUCAAGCGUUUGAUAUGACACGAUACGUUUACUCGUUGUUGCUGAAUAAGUACACAGUUCUUCAUAGGAUGCAAGAGUUUGCGUUAUCUCAACUGUUUGAAAUCUGUUCAAAGUUUCAGAUACAAACCCUACGAGGUGUCUCAAUACCAAGGUUUAAGGACAUCUUGGAAGUUUUUCGAGAUAUGAUUGACUUCUUGGAGAAAGCACAUCUCCUCAAACAAACAAAUACACAAUAUUUCAUACAGAAUUCGAAUGUUUUUGAUAAAGUGAUCAGUCAUGUGUUCGAUAUGAUUUAUCUGCUAAAGGACAACAAUAAGUCCUCUGAGGAGAAAGCCUUCUUCAAUUCUCAGAUGAGACGCCUGGUCGGGAUGGACUUAUGUGAUAUUAACGGAAUGUCCCUUUUACAUAAGGCCCUCACCCGAAAGCCCAAACUUGUGUUCCAUUUCAUGGAGCAGGGUCCACGGGAGGGACGCCACGAGGAUCUCUGCGUCACCAGAGAACUAAUUCAGGCAGGCGCAAACGUCAAUGUACAGGAUUUGAAAAGAGACACCCCGUUACACAGUCAUCUGAAAUGGAUUGAAAAGUUCAAUUUUUUCACAAAAAAAGUUAUUGAAUUGUUCCUAGAUUACGGUAUCCAUGUUGAUUUAAUUGAUAUCGACAACAAUUCACUCUUUGUCAUGAUAAAGGUUCGGGGAAUAACACUGUGUCCUGUGAAAUAUCACACGCUCCAGUGCUUAGCGGUCAAGGUCAUUCGAGACCAUGACAUCCGCUUCCGGGCGCAACUGCCGAUUCCUCUGCAACGAUUUGUUGAUAUGCACAAAUAGAAUAACAUUUCUGGCUGUGUCUAAAAUGAAAAACUGAUGUCACCAUUGUGUGUUAACCUCUCAAUAUCUUAUGUGAAUUUCAAUAUCUUAUGUGUGAAUGUGAAUUCAGGAUUCCUGAGUCCGAUUGGUCAGGUUGUUUUAUCGACUACAUCAUUUUCAACAUUACCUUAAACCAGUUUAACAUUUUAAUGAAAACAAUGUCUCUGGUUGGAAGUUGAUAUUUCUGGUAAUUUCAUUUUUAACCCAAAUCCUUACUAGUGAUAUUAUUUGUGUUUUAAUUGGCUUUUGUUCUAACACAUAUUAAUAUCUAGAUCUCUUUUAAAUACAAAAGCUUGUUUUAUUUAUUCAAGUUGAUAAAUGAACACAUUUUAUUUAAGGGGACGAAAAUAUUUUGAAUAUCUCCAACUACUUCCUCAGUUCGCAAAACUUCAUCCAGUUUAGAAGAAAGAAAGAAAUGAUGCUAGUUGUUGACACUUAGGUUUCUGCGACUGGAAUUUGCUUUCUACUUUCUUUGUUGGAUGAAUUUUAUUUAUUUUUGUGUUUAUUUUUGUUCUGCUACAAAUAAUUUUAAUUAUAAGUGUAAUUCACCUCAAACAUGCAUCAAAACGAUGAUUAAAAAAGAUAGCAAGAUUUCCAGUGUAAAACAUUUAUAUCGUUUAAUAACUGAAAUACCUAUGUCCGCGUGUGUCAUGUACGGUUCCAUACAAAUAGAAAAUCAUGAAAAAAUGAAUACUGUUUAUAAUGUUUAUCUAACUCGACUUCGUUAUUCUUGAAACGAAAAUAAGCUUUAGCGAGUAUUGCUUAUAUAAUAUAAAAUUAAGUUACGAGUGUUCGAUAAACUUUAAACAAUAUUGGUCACAAAUCUUCGAGAUUCUCUCUGUCACA